AUUUUCUAUUUUGUACAUAACGUUGUUUUGUAUAUACUGUAUAUGAUGACUUCGGUGGGCAGUGAACGUACCCGGGGCACUCGGGACAAAACACAGAUUUCAACCACACAGCCAACACAACCACAGAAACAAGUAGUACAGGCAACAGCAGAACAGAUUCGCCUUGCUCAGAUGAUCUACGAUAAGAAUGAUGCAGAUUUUGAAGAUAAAGUGAAACAACUCAUGGAAGUAACGGGGAAAAACCAGGAUGAGUGCAUAGUGGCACUACAUGAUUGUAAUGGGGAUGUGAACAGAGCAAUCAACAUACUGCUGGAAGGAAGUUCAGACACGACUUCUUGGGAGACUGUAGGGGGAAAGAAGAAAAGCCUUGGAAAGGAAAGUUCAGAAAACAAGGAGAACAGAGAAAAACGAGGGGACAGAGAAGUGAGUCGUGGACGGGGAAUUUCCAACAGACGGGGAAGAGGAGGCAGUCGUGGCCGAGAAUUUAGAGCUGAAGAGAAUGGAGUGGACAACAAUCAAGGAGACAGGCCUUCAGGCCGUGGGAAACGUGGUCGUGGGAGAG